CCCAAAGCCCCCGGAGGGGAAAGAAGCGGCGACGGCGGCAGUGGAAUAACCGAGCCGGAGCGUGAGCGGCCCCGGGGCGCCGUUCCCCGCGGAGGCCAUGGGCGACCCAGCCCCCGCCCGCAGCCUGGACGACAUCGACCUGUCCGCCCUGCGGGACCCUGCUGGGAUCUUUGAGCUGGUGGAAGUGGUCGGCAAUGGAACCUACGGACAGGUGUACAAGGGUCGGCAUGUCAAGACCGGGCAGCUGGCUGCCAUCAAGGUCAUGGACGUCACGGAGGACGAGGAGGAAGAGAUCAAACAGGAGAUCAAUAUGCUGAAAAAAUACUCUCACCACCGCAACAUCGCCACCUACUAUGGGGCCUUCAUCAAGAAGAGCCCCCCUGGAAACGACGACCAGCUCUGGCUGGUGAUGGAGUUCUGUGGUGCUGGCUCCGUGACUGACCUGGUGAAGAACACCAAGGGGAACGCCCUGAAGGAGGACUGCAUCGCCUACAUCUGCCGGGAGAUUCUCAGGGGUCUGGCGCAUCUCCACGCACACAAGGUGAUUCAUCGAGACAUCAAGGGGCAGAACGUGCUGCUGACCGAGAACGCUGAGGUUAAGCUAGUGGAUUUUGGGGUGAGCGCUCAGCUGGAUCGCACCGUGGGCAGGCGGAACACUUUCAUUGGGACCCCGUACUGGAUGGCCCCAGAGGUCAUUGCCUGUGAUGAGAACCCCGAUGCCACCUACGAUUACAGGAGUGACAUCUGGUCUCUAGGAAUCACAGCCAUCGAGAUGGCGGAGGGAGCCCCCCCUCUGUGCGACAUGCACCCCAUGCGAGCCCUCUUCCUCAUCCCUCGGAACCCCCCGCCCCGGCUCAAGUCCAAGAAGUGGUCGAAGAAGUUCAUCGAUUUCAUCGACACCUGUCUCAUCAAGACUUACCUGAGCCGCCCACCCACGGAGCAGCUACUCAAGUUUCCCUUCAUCCGUGACCAGCCCACAGAGCGGCAGGUCCGCAUCCAGCUCAAGGACCACAUCGACCGUUCCCGGAAGAAGCGGGGUGAGAAAGAGGAGACCGAGUACGAGUACAGCGGCAGUGAGGAGGAAGACGACAGCCACGGAGAGGAAGGAGAGCCAAGCUCCAUCAUGAACGUGCCCGGGGAGUCCACGCUGCGCCGGGAGUUCCUGCGGCUCCAGCAGGAGAACAAGAGCAACUCGGAGGCGCUGAAGCAGCAGCAGCAGCAGCAGCAGCAGCAGCAGCGCGACCCCGAGGCGCACAUCAAGCACCUGCUGCACCAGCGGCAGCGGCGCAUCGAGGAGCAGAAGGAGGAGCGGCGGCGCGUGGAGGAGCAACAGCGGCGGGAGCGGGAGCAGCGCAAGCUGCAGGAGAAGGAGCAGCAGCGGCGGCUGGAGGACAUGCAGGCCCUGCGGCGGGAGGAGGAGCGGCGGCAGGCCGAGCGGGAGCAGGAGUACAAGCGGAAGCAGCUGGAGGAGCAGCGGCAGUCGGAGCGCCUGCAGAGGCAGCUGCAGCAGGAGCACGCCUACCUCAAGUCCCUGCAGCAGCAGCAGCAGCUCCAGAAGCAGCCGCCGCAGAUCCUGCCCGGGGACAGGAAGCCCCUCUACCACUAUGGCCGGGGCGUCAACCCUGCCGACAAACCAGCCUGGGCCCGAGAGGUGGAAGAGAGAACCAGGAUGAACAAGCAGCAGAACUCUCCCUUGGCCAAGACCAAGCCGAGCAGCACGGGACCUGAGCCCCCUGCCCCCCAGGCCUCCCCCAGCCCCCCAGGACCCCUGUCCCAAACUCCUCCUAUGCAGAGGCCGGUGGAGCCCCAGGAGGGACCGCACAAGAGCCUGGUGGCACACCGGGUCCCACUGAAGCCAUAUGCAGCACCUGUACCCCGAUCCCAGUCCCUGCAGGACCAGCCCACCCGAAACCUGGCUGCCUUCCCAGCCUCCCACGACCCAGACCCUGCCGUCGCCGCACCUGCUGCCACGCCCAGUGCCCGCGGAGCUGUCAUCCGCCAGAAUUCAGACCCCACCUCUGAAGGGCCUGGGCCCAGCCCCAACCCCCCAGCCUGGGUCCGGCCAGACAAUGAGGCCCCGCCCAAGGUGCCUCAGAGGACCUCGUCCAUCGCCACUGCCCUUAACACCAGUGGGGCCGCAGGGUCCCGGCCAGCGCAGGCUGUCCGUGCCAGACCUCGCAGCAACUCCGCCUGGCAGAUCUACCUGCAAAGGCGGGCAGAGCGGGGCGCCCCCAAGCCUCCAGGGCCCCCUGCUCAGCCCCCUGGCCCGCCCAACGCCUCUAGUAACCCUGACCUCAGGAGGAGCGAUCCUGGCUGGGAGCGCUCGGACAGCGUCCUCCCGGCUUCUCAUGGGCACCUCCCGCAGGCUGGCUCGCUGGAGCGAAACCGAGUGGGAGCUACCACCAAACUGGACAGCUCCCCAGUGCUGUCCCCCGGGAACAAAGCCAAGCCCGAUGACCACCGCUCUCGGCCAGGCCGGCCCGCAGAUUUUGUGCUGCUGAAAGAGCGGACCCUGGACGAGGCCCCGCGGCCGCCCAAAAAAGCCAUGGACUACUCCUCGUCCAGCGAGGAGGUGGAGAGCAGCGAGGACGACGACGAGGAGGGCGACGGCGAGCCUGCGGAGGGCAGCAGAGACACCCCCGGGGGCCGCAGCGACGGAGACACAGACAGCGUCAGCACCAUGGUGGUCCACGACGUGGAGGAGACGGCCGGGACCCAGCCCCCCUACGGGGGCGGCACGAUGCUGGUGCAGCGCACCCCGGAGGAGGAGCGAAGCCUGCUGCACUCAGACAGCAACGGCUACACGAACCUGCCGGACGUGGUCCAGCCGAGCCACUCGCCCACCGAGAACAGCAAAGGCCAGAGCCCCCCCUCAAAGGAUGGAAGCAGUGACUACCAGUCCCGUGGCCUGGUCAAGGCCCCCGGCAAGAGCUCCUUCACCAUGUUUGUGGAUCUAGGGCUCUACCAGCCCGGAGGCAGUGGGGACACCAUCCCCAUCACAGCCCUGGUGGGUGGAGAGGGCGCUCGGCUGGAUCAGCUGCAGUACGACGUGAGGAAGGGCUCCGUGGUCAACGUGAAUCCCACCAACACCCGCGCCCACAGCGAGACCCCCGAGAUCCGCAAGUACAAGAAGCGUUUCAACUCGGAGAUCCUCUGUGCCGCCCUCUGGGGUAAGCCAGGCUGGCGAGGGCUGGUGGGCACGGAGAAUGGGCUCAGGGCAGAGCGAAAAUUGACGGGCAAGGUGUACGGCCUCAUAGGGCGGCGCCGCUUCCAGCAGAUGGACGUGCUGGAGGGGCUCAACCUGCUCAUCACCAUCUCAGGGAAGAGGAACAAACUGCGGGUGUAUUACCUGUCCUGGCUCCGGAACAAGAUUCUGCACAAUGACCCGGAAGUGGAGAAGAAGCAGGGCUGGACCACUGUGGGGGACAUGGAGGGCUGUGGCCACUACCGCGUGGUGAAGUACGAGCGCAUCAAGUUCCUGGUCAUUGCCCUGAAGAGCUCCGUGGAGGUGUAUGCCUGGGCCCCCAAGCCCUACCACAAAUUCAUGGCCUUCAAGUCCUUUGCCGACCUCCCGCACCGCCCUCUGCUGGUCGACCUCACGGUGGAGGAGGGGCAGCGGCUCAAGGUCAUCUACGGCUCCAGCGCCGGCUUCCACGCUGUGGAUGUGGACUCGGGGAACAGCUACGACAUCUACAUCCCCGUGCACAUUCAGAGCCAGAUCACACCCCACGCCAUCAUCUUCCUCCCCAACACCGACGGCAUGGAGAUGCUGCUGUGCUACGAGGACGAGGGUGUCUACGUCAACACGUACGGGCGGAUCAUCAAGGACGUGGUGCUGCAGUGGGGCGAGAUGCCCACCUCUGUGGCCUACAUCUGCUCCAACCAGAUCAUGGGCUGGGGUGAGAAAGCCAUCGAGAUCCGCUCCGUGGAGACGGGCCACCUGGACGGGGUCUUCAUGCACAAACGAGCCCAGAGGCUCAAGUUCCUGUGUGAGCGGAACGACAAGGUGUUUUUUGCCUCCGUCCGCUCUGGGGGCAGCAGCCAGGUUUACUUCAUGACUCUGAACCGGAACUGCAUCAUGAACUGGUGACGGCGCCCUGGGCUGGGGCCACCCUGCCCUGGACCCGGCUCUCCCUGCGCCAGGCUUCCCAGGCCGCCCUGCUUCCCCCUCCCUGGGCUUUUGCUUUUACUGGUUUGAUUCACUGGAGCCUGCUGGGAACGUGACCUCUGACCCCUGAUGCUUUUGUGAUCACGUGACCAUCCUCUUCCCCCAGUGUUCUCUCCCCAAGUCUGUGCCUGGCCCCAGCUUCUGGGGAGGGACACGGCUACCCCUUGGCAGGAAUCAGGGGGCCUUGCCCCGCCUCCCCUUGUGAGGAGAGUGCUUGGGGCUUGGCCCCUCCCCCCACCCCCGCUGCUGACUGGGCAGGGCCCUGGACCCCUUUAUUUGCACGUUAGGGGAGCCGGCUCCCCCCUUGAAUGUACCAGACUCUGGGGGGCGUCACCGGGCCCCGGGCUUUAGGGGAGUCUCCAGCCACUCCGGGGCAGGGGCCAUUUCCUCAUUUCUCUGAAAGCACUUUAAUGAUUCCCUCCCCCCAGGGAAUGGAGGGGGGACCCCGCCAGCCAAAACAUUCCCCCCUCUCCGACCCCCAUCUUUUCUAGCCUCUCCCUGGUGGAGGGUGGGAGCAGGGUGCUCCCGCCCCAGCCAACCCCCCCUUGCUUGCAUCUGUAUAUAGUGUGAGCAGCAAGUAGCCCUCCCUGCCCUCCCCACCUCUCCUCGAUGUAGUGGCCUUGGAUACCCCGUUUGUUAAUAAAGACAAUUCAACCAGCUCCUA